AUGCAUUCAGAGCUCACGUUAAAUUGCAGACCAUUAGGCUUAGAGACGUCGCUUUUCGGGCCGCAGUCAUCGAUUGUGGGUUGCAAUUUUCUUAGAUAUAAAGGUAUUUGUCCUCCACCAAGUUCAGGGCCAGGGGCUGCCAAAGGAUCAACUCCGGGAAAGGGCGCCAAACAUAAGAUAACGUAUCAACCUUACACCGCGCCGCCACCAACGUGCCAUGAUUUUAAAAAUAUGAGCUUAAACCGCCCUAUGUCUCCGCAUCUAACGAUUUUCGCUCCCACCCUACCCGCUAUGACAUCCAUCGUUCAACGCAUUACAGGUAUGAUCAUAACGUCUUACACUCUUCUCUUAUCAUCUGGAAGUCUGUUCAUGUCCAACGGUGUCGAGACAUAUGUGUCUAUCAUCCAGAGUUUCGACUUUUCUUUACCCAUGGUUAUUAUUAUUAAGAUAAUGUUAGGUGCGCCGUUUGUCUAUCAUUACUUCAACGGUAUCCGUUUCGUGAUGUGGAACGCUGGUAAAUGGUUGUCAAUCAAAGAAGUCUAUGAUUCAGCUAAUAAGAGUUUCGUUGCUACAGCUGUUUUAACAUUGCUUUUCUCCAUAAUUUAA